AUGUUUAAGAAGAGGACUAUAAAUAAAUUAAAAAAUAGAAAGAAAACAGGAGAUAUAAAGGACGAAGAAAAAAAUAAUGAAGAAAGAAAAAAUGAUAAGGAAGAGAGCCCUGAUGCUAACACUGUGGAUUAUAGUGAUAGAAGAGACGUAAUUAAUAAGAUAUUGAAUACAAAGGAAAAAGAAAACAGUGACGAUGAUGACGAUGUUGUAUGCAAAUAUUUGUUUAAAAAAAAAAUGAAGAAUAUGAAUGAACAAAAUAGUUCACAUUUAACAAAAAAACAACAUAAGAUAAUGGUGCAGUCAAAAAGUGUAAAUAUUAGUGAAACAAAUGCAAUUACACAGGAUAAGAUAUAUAAAGGAGAUUUUAGUAAUUCCAAAAAUUAUGGUUUUUAUGAAAUAGAUCAAGAUUCUAAGCAUGAUCAUAGAGCUAUAAUGGAAAGAAACAUUAAAAUAGGAGAAGAAAUAUUAAAGGGUAAUUUAAAAGAUAAUAUUUAUAGGGGAAAAGAUGCACAUGAAAAAGCAUUGACAAUAAAUAAAGAUAGUUUAGCAAAAAAUAAAUAUACAGGACUAUAUGGCCCUGUAAGAAAUAGCGGAGCAAAUGUGAGGGUUACUUUAAGAAUUGAUUAUGAACCUUGUAUAUGUAAAGAUUACAAAGAAACAGGAUAUUGUGGUUUUGGAGAUACAUGUAUUUAUUUACAUGACAGAAGUGACUAUAAAAGUGGUUGGAAAAUUGAACAAGAAUAUCAAGAAAAAAGAAAACGAGAUGAUGCACUGAAAAAAAAAAAGUUAGAAAAGUGGAACGAAAAAAUGUUAAAAAAGUUGGAUGAUAAAUUAAACAACUCUUUGGAUAAUGAUAAUAAACAAGAAUUUAAUAACGAAAAUGGAAGUGAUAAUAAUACGGAAAAAUCAUCUAAUUCAUCUGCUGUGUCUUCUUGCUCAGAAAAUGAAAAUUCAACGGACAACAGUUCAAGUGAUAAUGAAAAUAACCUCCCUUUUGCUUGUGUAAAAUGUAAAAAAAAAUGGAAACUUGAAAUGAAUCCCAGUGUUACAGAAUGCUUCCAUUAUUUUUGUGAAAAGUGUUUUAUGGAAAUGUUUAAAAAAAAUAAAAAAUGUUUUAAAUGUGGAUUACAACUAAAUGGCAUUAUGAAUUCAGCCCAAAAUAUUAUUGAUAUUUUAAACAAAAAAAAACCUUCCAAAUAA